UUACACUGUGCGUGGUGACGUCACGCCGCACAACGCGCAGAGCCGCAUUGUUGGGGGAAGAGAAGCUCGGCUCGGACCGCCGCGGGGCUCCGGCAGCUUUCACCCGAACACAACCCGUCCCGUCCCGGCGCCUUCCUGCCUAAAGCCCUGACCCCUGUGUGCUGGUACCACGGCCGGGGUCUGGAGAGAGUCCGCCGGCCCGGUCCCGUGUCGCUGUGUGUCGGAUCCGCCGCCGCCGCUCGGCUGAUCGGAUUGAAUGUGGAUUUAAGUGCCGCUCCGCAGGCCGCGUCGCCAUUUCUCUGUUUUUAAAAGCAGAUUCACCCAAAGCCCGAGGCUCCUUUAGGACGUAGAGAUGCGGAAAAAAGGUCGACAUCAACGUGUGGCGACGCCGAAGAGGGCGUCCUCUCCCAUCAAGCCUUCGCCCAACCGGGAAACGCUGACGUACGCGCAGGCGCAGCGCAUGGUGGAGCUGGAGGUGGACGGGCGCGUGCACCGGCUCAGCAUCUACGACAAGCUGGACGUGAUCACCGACGACGACCCGACGGCGCAGGAGAUCUUGGAGUGCAACAGCAACAAGGAGAACAACGAGAAGCCGCCGCAGGUGCUGGUGCGCUCGGUGCGCCUCAAAAACAACCAGCAGAAGAAGAACGCGGCGCUGAUGGCCUCGCAUGGCGCCAGCACGCACGGGAGCGGCGGCGGCGGCGGCACUCUCCUGGAGCCCCGGUUCCGCACGGUGGAAUACAACCUGCCGGUGGUGCCGAAGAGGCCGGCGGUGUAUUACAAAUACACGGAGAAGACGGCGGAGGAGCUGGACGAGGAGGUGGAGUACGACAUGGACGAGGAAGACUACGCCUGGCUGGAGCUGCUCAACGAGAAGAGGAAGAGCGAGGGCAUCAGCCAGGUGUCCUACAACCUGUUUGAGUUCCUCAUGGACCGCUUCGAGAAGGAGUCGUACUUCAGCACGCAGGGCCAGAGCGACCUGCGCUCCAUGGUGGACGAGGACGCCGUCUGCUGCGUCUGCAUGGACGGAGACGGCGCCGACAGCAACGUCAUCCUCUUCUGCGACUCGUGCAACAUCGCCGUCCACCAGGAGUGCUACGGCGUGCCCUACAUCCCCGAGGGCCAGUGGCUGUGCCGCCACUGCCUCCAGCGCCCGUCGAGGCCCGCCGAGUGCGUCUUCUGCCCCAACCGGGGCGGCGCCCUGAAGAAGACGGACGACGGCCGCUGGGGCCACGUGGCGUGCGCCCUGUGGGUGCCCGAGGUGGGUUUCUCUGACACGGUCUUCAUCGAGCCCAUCGACGGCGUCAGCAACAUCCCGCCGGCCCGCUGGAAGCUCACCUGCUACCUGUGCAAAGAGAAGGGCGCCGGCGCCUGCAUCCAGUGCCACAAGAUGAACUGCUACACGGCGUUCCACGUCAGCUGCGCCCAGAAGGCCGGCCUCUACAUGAAGAUGGAGCCCGUCAAGGAGCUGACGGAGUCGGGCUCGCCCACCUUCUCUGUGAAAAAGACGGCGUACUGCUGCGCCCACACGCCCGACGGCUGCGACCGCCGGCCGCUCGCCAUCUACGAGGAGCCGCACCCCAAGAACGGGGCGUGCCACAAGAGGGGCGAGAAGAGGGCGAGGCCGGGCUCCAAAGGCUGGCAGAAGAAGAGGAGUAAAAGGCCGGAGCCCGAGCCCGAGCCGGAGCCGCCGGCCUCCUGCGGCCCCAGCAUCACGCCGUCCAGUCUGGAGUCCAUCCUGAACCAGGUGGCGGUGCAGAGGAAGCGGCCCUUCGUGCAGCGGGUGCUGAGUUACUGGGUUCUGAAGCGGCAGGCGAGGAACAACGUGCCGCUGAUCCGCCGCCUGCAGGCCAACCCUCAGCCGCCCAGAGCCAGACAGGCGGAUCUGAGGCUGGAGACCAACCAGGCGCUGAAGGAGCAGCUGAAGGAGUGGCACCGCCUGCGCCACGACCUGGAGCGCGCCCGCCUGCUGCUGGAGCUCAUCAGGAAGAGAGAGAAGCUCAAGAGGGAGGAGAUGAAGCUGCAGCAGUCGGUGCUGGAGGUGCAGCUGACCCCCUUCAGCAUCCUGCUGCGGGCCGUCCUGAGCCAGCUGCAGGACAAGGACACGUACCGCAUCUUCGCCCAGCCCGUCAGCGUCAAGGAGGUUCCCGACUACCUGGAUCACAUCAGGAAUCCCAUGGACUUCUCUACCAUGAGGAGACGCAUCGACGCCCACGGCUACAGGAGCCUGGACGAGUUUGAGGCCGACUUCAGCCUCAUCAUCGCCAACUGCAUGAAGUACAACGCCAAGGACACCUUCUUCUACAAGGCGGCGCUGCGCAUGCAGGACCACGGCGGCGCCAUCCUCCGAAAGGCCCGCAGGGAGGCGGAGCGCAUCGGCUUCGAUUUCCCCAGCGGGGUGCACCUCCCCGAGCCGCCCAAGCUGGAAGCCCCGCCCCCUUUCUCCUGGGAUGAAGUGGACCGGCUGCUGACACCGGCCUUCCGGCAGCGGACGCCGCUGGAGGAGCAGCUGCGGGAGCUGCUGGAGAAGCUGGACCUGAGCACGGCCAUGAAGCACAGCCCGUCCCGCAGCAAGAGGCUCAAGCUGCUCAAGAAGACCAUCAUGGAGGUCCGCAGCGAGAUGAGCCUGAAGAAGCCCCUCCCCCCGCCGGCCGAGCCCGAGGAGGGGCCGCCGCCCGAGCCCGGGACGCCGCCGCCGCCAGAGGAGAAGUUGCUGCCUCCACCAAACUCAGAGCCAUCGCCGUCGCCGCUGCAGGCCGAGAGCUCAACCAGCGAAUCAGAACCUCCCGCUCUCAUGCCCGUCAAAGCCGGCGCCGAAACUCCGAUGGACGGCGACACCAAGACACCUACCUCACUGUCCCGGGACGCUCCCAACGGGCUCCUUCCUGACCCGCUGCUCACCGACUCUGACCUCGGCGUCGUGGCCACCUCGGUGCUCGCCGAAGCCUCCGCCGCCGCCGCCGCCGCCACGGGCAACCGACGGACCAAUGUGCUGUUCCGCAAGUCCAAGAGCGCCAGCCCGCAAAAAACACCUAAAAUCGCGGAGACGUCGCCGGCGUCGUCGCCCCUGGGCACCAAGACUUUCCUGUCGGUGGUGAUUCCUCGGCUCGAGACGCUCCUGUUGCCCAGGAAACGAACCCGCAGCUCCAGCGCCGACGGCGAGGAGGAGGACGAGGAGACGCCCAUCAAGCGCCUCGGCACAGGAAUCGCCAACGGCUUCGUGGUGGAGGAGGAGAGCCCGGCGCCGCCGCGGCCGCUGGAGCCUCGCCGCCGCUGCGCCUCCGAGUCCAGCAUCUCGUCCAGCAGCAGCAGCGCCCUCUGCAGCGCCAGCACCGGCGUCGUGGCGAAAGGCGGGAAAGGGCGGCCGGCGGCGGCGCGGCGGAGCACCGUGGACGACAGGAGCUCUCUGAUUGGCUCCACGGAGAACGCAGAGUUCACCAACGCCGCCAAGAUGGCGUCAGAUGUUGGACCCCAGACCGUGGAGGACGGGGCAGCAGCUCAACGGGGCGUCGCCGCCGCCGCCGGGCGCCCUCCGGCCCGCAGAGCAGACGCGGUCCAGGUCCGCCGAGAAACUCUCCCUCGUCCACUUCUCCGACAGCAAGCACAGCUGGCCAUGGCGUCCUAGGUCCAAGAUGGCUGCCUGCGGCGUCCGGCAGACGCUGGACAGACUCAGGCUGAUGGAGGGACGCUGAAGCCACGCCCCCACGCCGUGCGGCCGCCUGCUGUGCCACGGACCGAAGCCCCGCCUCCACCCCCCCCAUCCCGUCAGCUCCUGUCGUUUACUUGACGCCACAACAACAACAGUCUGAGUGUUUCUGCCUUGUACGCACAACAACACACACACACACACACACACACACACACACACACACACGUGCACACCGAGCGGUUCACCAGGGAGGACGCCACCCGUCACUCGUCCUCCUCACUUCAACACACAAACUUUCAGAGAUCCUGUAGCUUUGGGACGUUUCAUCAGUUUCUUUAUCGAGCUAUGCAACCGAACACGGGGGGGGGGGGGCUCCACCCUGAAGAAUGUGCCGGAGUUUGACCUCUGACCUCCUUAAUGUGCUGCAAGACUGCUGCGACUUCACUGUCAGACCCCCCGGCCCCGCCCCCACCCAGGCCCCGGCCCCGCCCAGGCCCCGCCCCCUCCUGAGCGCAGCGUCGCCCUGUAAAUAUCCCUCCGGUCUGCGAGGCCGACACUCACAGCUCCUUCAUCUCAGAGCGCGUGUGUGUCGCUGAGUGUGUGUGUGUGUGUGUGUGUGUGUGUGUGUGUCGCUGAGUGUGUGUGUGUGUGUGUGUGUGUCACUGAGUGUGUGUGUGUGUGUGUGUGUGUGUGUGUGUGUGUGUGUCAGGGGGGGUUCCUCUGCUGGUGCUAAGUGUUCUGCGGGUUCUCCGUGUGACUCGCGGCGGAACACGAGACAAAACAAACGAACAGAAACAUCCAGGCAUACUGUAUUUAACAUGUUUGUUUUGAUUUGACUUCCUGUUUUGUUUUGUGUGUUUUUGUUUUGUUUUGUUUUGUUUACAUUUUUGUAACUUAUUGAGUUCUCAAGCUUCCUCCUCUGGCAUUAAUGUGUUUUAAUGUGUGUGUGUGUGUGUGUGUGUGUGUGUGUGUGUGUGUGUGUGUCUUUUUUCUUUUUUUUUUUACCUGAAUGUUUUUACUGGACAUGUUCUUUUUUGGUUUGUACAUAUUUAUAUGAAAUCUAUAUAAUUGUAUACAUUUUCAGAUGCUCUCAAUGUUGAAAUUGCCUGAAGUGCAUCAUUCACACCGAAACCAAAAACUUUGCUGCCCCGUUUCCCUCUCAUUUGUUUUUUACUCUUCUGUUUUGUUCUCCUUUUUUAAUUUGCGUAGUGUUUGUGUGUGUGUGGUGUGAUGGUUUUUUACGCCGUGUUACAGGGACCUAUGCUACCGAGUCAACUGUAGGAGACUGUGCCUGUACUAAUUUAUUGUAAAGGACAAAUGUAUAUGCAUUACUUUAUAGAGAGUAUUGUAAGAAAAUACUAUGGGCACACUAGGAGCCGCGUGUCGGGCCCCUUUCUUUGUCAAUCAGUUGGUUUGGUUUGGUUUGGUUUGUUUUUUAAUGGGUUGCAUUAAAUCUGGAAGGUGAUAGUCUGUGACCUUUUAUUUUGGUAGGAGAAUCUGGGGUAGCGUCGGCUAGAUUUCCUCUUUUCUUUUGCCCUCGUGGAUGUGCUGUAAAUAGACUUGGUACUAGACGAUUCUCUGGGAAAAACACAGUAUAGCCACCGGGAGCGGAGAGCUGGCCGAGCCCAGGCUGGUUUUUUAUAUGAAAACACUGAAAAUAAAAAUAUGUUAUUGAAUCACUGA